AUGGAGCACAAACGCCGAAGAGUGACGAGAGCAUGCGAUCGAUGCAGGAUCCUGAAAACAAAGUGCGACGGGCAGCAACCUAUCUGCUCUCGAUGCAGUGCAUACGGCUAUGCUUGCAAGUGGAAUCAUGGCGGCCGCCGAGGCAUCACGCACCCAGAUGUGUCGCUCAGCUUGGGCGCGACCCCAUCAUCAGUAGCACCUUCGGAGCCAGAUAUGACAUCCUUACAGGAAGCCGUUCGCGCCUACGAUGAGCUGCUGUCGACCCUGCGUACAAACGUGCCCGAAGGCGAGCGAGCGAAGGUGGAUCUAGCCCAGGCUCGAAUCCGAACACAUCUACCCAGCGAACUUUGGGACCAAUUACCGAGCCCAAAGGCGUCUGAAGAGACUGAAACGCAAGACAAUUACGGCACCACCGAGAGCAGACCACGUUCUGCCAAAUACCUUGGCUGGUCAAGUGAUGUUGAAUUCGUGAACUCGAUCCAGGAGCUUCUUCGGGACUCACGCCUGGCUGAUCAGCCCUCGGUCUGUGAGAGCUACGAGAAAACAGACAGCACUUCCCAGAGGAACAGUCAGCAGUAUCCUCUCAGGCUCCCUACCCGUAAGAUCGCCGACCACUGGCUGGAGACCUUCUUUGCGACAAUACACGUUGCGCAUCCUGUCGUAUGCCAGCAGAGAUUCCGCUUGCAGUACGUCAAGUUCUGCGAAAGUCUAUCGACGAGUGAUGUUUCACGAACGUGGUCGGCUACAUUUCUCUCGAUCUUGGCGCUCGGCUCAUACUACGACACGUUCUCGAAUGGUGAGAGCUGGGACUCUUGUACUCAUGAAGGUUACUUCAUGUACUCUCAAGCCAUGACAAAGAGUCAUGGUAGCGAGCACAGCCGCGACUACGUUUGCCUCUUGAUUGUGCAAUGCUUGUACUUGUUGGCUACAGUGCAGACCGACAAGUGCUGGACAACGCUAGGUACCGCCAUCAGAAUUGCCCAAAGUCUAGGACUCCAUGUCGAAGACGAGGCUACUCGGCGAGAGUCACAUCACUUCCAGAUAGAGCACGAGAUGCGCCGCAGGACUUGGCAUUCCCUCUAUGUCCUUGACCGCUUACUGGCGCUACAGCUAGGCAGGCCUCUAGCCAUCAAUCACGCCGACACCGCCGUGAAGCCACCGAGCCAGAUCGAUGACAUGGAGUUUGAUCUGGCCGGAGAUCGCAUUCCAGAUCCAACGUUCUCGUGGAGACCGCAAUUCGGCGACUACUUCAGAGCCGUGGUACGCUUCUCCCACAUCGUAGGAUCCGUUGUGCGAGAUUUGUAUAGGCCAAACUCCCAGCAAAAUCUCGACUUUGAGCUAGUGGAAGACAUCGAUAAGAGACUGCUACAAUGGAGAUCCGAACUGCCGCAGUCACUACGAUUCGAUAUGGAGCAUUCUACUGAUACAACGGUGACGCUUCGACGACAAAGGAAUAUCCUUUCCAUCAAGUUUCACCAUCUCCGAGCAUUGCUACAUCGCGUACACCUCUGUCUCCCAUGGCUCCUCUCCGAAGACUCGUCUAUAAUGUCGAUUUCAGACGCUGAAAGGCAGCAGAUAGUGAGCUCGGAGGCCAUUUGCGUGUCAGAAGCUCGAGCUAUUGCGCGGACCAUGGAAAACGUCAACAACGAGCAGGACCUUGUCCACGAUUUUCCUUUCUGGCAGAUGAUUUCCUGCCUCAUAUGUGGUGCCUCGAUCCUCCUGGUAGCAAGCAAGUUUCAGGUACCACCUUCGCCUGUUGAUACUGUAACGGCGUUAGAGGCGGACGCGGCUGUGUGCAUACGAAUCUUUGAUGCGUUGAGUGCGCAUUCUGAUGCUGCUCGCUUGGCGGCGAAGAUGAUGCGCGCGUUGCAGUUAUACAAACGAUCAACUGUACCUCUUCCAUGGAGACCGCGCAAUAUACGCUCAAGCGUAACCCAAGAGACAGCAUUUCCAACGCCAUCCUACGCUAGCACACCUUUCACCACAGCAGCGACUGACUAUGGAUCUGCCAACUGGGUUACGAACGACAGCUGGCCGUCGGAGUGCUCAGACUCUCUAUCUUGGUCUUCACAAUUCGUGACGCUGGACGACUUCUUUGACCCAGGGCUUUAUCUGGGGGCCGACAUGGCAAGUGCUGUAGGCGUGCCACCGAUGCAAACUGUGCCUACAGCGCCACUGAACAACAACAUGCAAGUCAUGCAACCAGGAGCUCUACCGCAAUGGCCAUAG